AUGUCAACAACCUUUCCGGGACUGGUCCACGAUGCGGAGAUACGUCACGACGGAUCAAACAGUUACCGUUUGAUGCAACUCGGAUGCCUGGAAUCAGUGGCCAACUCAUCUGUCGCUUAUUCCUCCUCGUCUCCACUAACGUACCCCGCUACAGGAACCGAGUUUGCGUCCCCUUAUUUUUCAACAAAUCAUCAGUAUACACCACUUCACCACCAGUCCUUCCACUACGAGUUCCAACACAGUCACCCAGCGGUUACUCCCGAUGCCUACUCCUUGAACUCUCUACACCAUUCCCAGCAGUACUACCAGCAGAUACACCACGGAGAACCUGCCGAUUUUAUAAAUCUUCACAACGCCCGAGCAUUAAAAUCUUCGUGCCUCGACGAACAGAGGAGAGAGUUAGGGUGUCUUGAUGCCUACCGCCGGCAUGAUCUUUCGCUAAUGAGUCACGGUUCUCAGUAUGGCAUGCACCCAGACCAGAGACUCCUACCCGGAUCCGGUUUAGGUCUGCAGCCUGCAGGAGCUGACGAUUUACAGGGGUCAGUAGAAGCCCAGUGUGGACUUGUAUUAAACGGCCAAGGUGGAGUCAUUCGGCGAGGUGGCACUUGCGUGGUAAAUCCCACGGAUCUGUUCUGCUCGGUACCCGGGCGGCUCUCCCUUCUGAGUUCAACCUCGAAAUACAAGGUGACGAUCGCUGAAGUGAAGAGACGGCUGUCGCCACCGGAGUGCCUGAACGCCUCCCUGCUUGGGGGGAUUUUACGGAGAGCAAAGUCCAAAAACGGGGGUCGCUGCCUGCGGGAGAAGCUUGACAGACUGGGCUUGAAUUUACCGGCAGGAAGACGGAAAGCAGCAAAUGUGACUCUCCUGACCUCGCUGGUGGAAGGCGAAGCCCUCCACCUGGCCCGAGACUUCGGCUACACCUGCGAGACCGAGUUUCCUACGAAAGCGGUGGGGGAGCAUCUGGCCAGGCAGCACACGGAACUGAAAGAGCAGACAGCGAGGAAAAAGAUGGUUUUAGCGACAAAGCAAAUUUGCAAAGAAUUUCAAGAUUUGUUAAGUCAAGACAGAUCUCCUCUUGGAUCUUCAAGACCAACGCCAAUACUCGACCUGGAUAUACAGAGACAUCUGACUCACUUCAGCCUGAUAACCCACGGAUUCGGCACACCCGCCAUCUGCGCGGCACUCAGCACCUUUCAAACUGUUUUAAGCGAGAUGCUGAACUACCUAGAGAAGCACUCAGCGAGCAAAAACAGCGGUACGCCCGACUCGAGCCAGUUAAACGCCAGCUCGGAGAAGGUGCCGCUGAGGAAGACGUCGGAGCCGCAGUCAAAAGACGGCAAGAUGGAAAAGACGGAGUGACAGCGCUUGGACAGACAUUUUUUACUGCCGAUGACAUGUUGAUAGUUAAGGGAACAUGGUCCAGACCUAAAGGGGUGGUGUCACAUUUUUUAUUUAAUUUCUUUUGGGGGGGAUUACAGCGACAAGAAGACAAACACACAGGGUCCACCUCCUUUCAUAACAGCAUGGAGCCAACAGUCGCACAGCACCAAGCGAUCCCAAAUCAGGACAGAAAUGUCAAGAUGCCAGAGGUCACGUGAUCCCCGAUAUCUGCCAUGUGAUUGGACGUACCUUCCCACUUCCUCAUUCCAUCCCCAUCUGUGUCUUGACAUAUAUCAUGCACAUGUAUGUUAAGCGUGUAUAUCUAUUCCAUGGGCAGCAGUUGUAUGACAAUUUGACUGCGAGUGUCUUCUCUUCUUCCGGUUUAUGGACGUGUGUGUGCGGAUGACAGGACGCCUUUAGGACUCGGCCAUGUGCUGAUGGGCUACGUGUUUAUUUUCUGUCUGAUGCACUGGAUUGUACGGCUAGACAAUAGGAAUGUGGCCCCUGCAGCUUAGGCAGAGCUUUCCGGAAACCCUGCGGAUGGCAUGCGGGCAUUUUGCAGAUGCAGAGCAAUUUGGAUCUGGGGUUUCCCUAUUCAUUCAGGUCAGGUGCAAUGUGCUUAACAGGUCAUAAAUACCAUCUGAUCAGAGUAGCUUAAUCAAGGCAUGGUGUCCAUUACAGUGUUUGGCGAUUAGCCCUCUUCAGUGAAGCUCACACAUCUGCAGGUCGUUGUCCCCAUGGUCAUAAGUGUAUAAAUGUUUUCAUCCUUCCUGAAAGAUGCUCCACCCUGAGGUUGCAUGGCAGCUGAUGCCUUGCAAAAUCGAUACCUCUACAUAUGCACACCAACAUUCUUGUGUUUUAGCCUCAGGUUUAAUUAAAGCGAUCAGGUUCAUUAUUGUAAUGACCUUUUUUUUUAGUUAUUCAUUCCUGGAAAUGUGAUUUGAUUGGUUGGUUUGCUCGGAGCAAAUAUUCAUCUUUCAGUUACAACGCAGAUGUGUGAAGAACUCAGACCAGAGCUGGUUUUUUAAAAGGUAAUAAAUUUGAAUUAGAGAAGAUUAGAUGUGAAAUAAGUGUUUGUGGCCCUGGUCUACUCUCCGCCUGUCAAAAAAAAAAAAAAACACCCCAUUAUGGAAAACUGUAAACUUGUAAUAUUGUAAAAAUUACACUUUUUGCUAUUGUUUACUGUAUGUUGUGCAUGUUGAACUUUGUACAUUAUUACGGAAAGGAUUUCAGCUCAAUUUCAGGAACACCCGUUGGUUUAAGUCCUUUGGUAACAUCUGUACAAAUAUAUCUAAAUGACAACUUAUCUAAUAAUUUUAAUGAGCAUAUAUCAGAAAUAUCCGUACAUUCAGAGGAAGUGGUGUUCAAUAAAACAAAUUGUUCUAUGUGUAAUGUUUGUUUGUUUGCUUAUUCAGUGCUUAGUUUUUACAAGUAUAUAAGGGAUAAUUAAAAGGUUUCUGUAUCCAGCUGAUUAUUUGGUGCCUUACUUGGUUUUUAAUACUAGACCAAUCUGGCCUUCUUUUAACGCAGCGUUUUGUUAUCGGAACGCAGAAAUCGCUCCUGGAUUGCGCACGCGCCCGAAUUAACCGUAAAAGGAAAGCCGCCAGAACGGACACGGCGAACUUUUACAUUUUAUU